GACUCUCCCGGUCUACCAACCCCCUCCCUGCCCCCCCCCCCCCCCUCGCUCUCUCUCUCUCUCUCUCCAAUAGACUGAUGAAACCCUAGCCUCCACUGCAAGAAAAGAAAACCCUAGCCUCCACAUUCUCAAUUCUUCAGGCCAUGCCCAUAACGCGCUCAUCCGCCGCCGCCACCACCAUCACCACUACCACCACCAUCACCACUACCACCACCACCACCACCACCAAGGCACAGACUUCGCCCUCGGCCAGCAGGAAGCGGGAGGGCGGCCUUAAGCGUUGUCGAUCCCAAUCCCAAAAAAAUGUCGUGGAGAAGGAGGAAGUCGAUGACCUUGUAGAAGGCUUCGGGAAAAACUUCCUGGUGUUCCUCGUCAUGGAAGCCGUCACCAAGGACCACGAUUUCAUCCACAGGGUUCGCUGGCUGGCCGACGAGGAUCCCGCCCAGCGCAUGGUCUGCGUGAAUAUCCCCGACUUGGACGUCACCGACGAGGCCCUGAGAUCGUUCUUCGAGCGGUACGGCGAGAUCGAGUCCUUCAACACCAAGCGCUUCCGUUGGGUCUCUGCUCGCAUCCUCUUCAAGCACCGAAAAGCGGCUCGGAUGGCGGUCAAAGAUCCCCGCAAGAAGAUCGGGAACCGUCAACCCUCGCGCGGGCCCUUCUGGUGCUAUCCCUCGUUCGUGCUCUUCUCUCGCAAACCGCCCCAAAGGAUUUUUACUUCGGGAAACGAGAGCAUGAUACCAUCAUUCCCUUCGAUGAUGAACAACUAUGGGGAUGAGGAGGAGGGGGAGCCCCUCAUGGAGCUCGUACAAUCCUUCGGGGAGGACUACCUGAUGGCCCUCGUCAAGGAAGCCAUCUCCAAGGUCCCCAAUUUCAUCAAGACCGUCGAGAAGCAGGCCGACUUGGACCCCGUCCAGCGCCAGGUUUAUGUGAACGGAGGCAUCGGCUUCGACCACCCGUACCUCACUGAUGACGACGCUUUGGAAGCCCUGCAUUCCGUGGGCUUUGGAGUGUAUGGCGAGAUCGAGCACUGCCAGGUCGAAGAUGACUACGCUUAUGUCCAAUUCAAGCACCGAAACAGCGUCCUCAAGGUUAUGGAGAUCGGCCGUUUUGAUAUGAUUGACCCGGUAGAGUGCGUUCGUUACAGCACCUUAGUGCGCCCCAAGUUGGAUGCUAAUUGGUAACCGAAGAAAAGGUAAUACAUGUACUCGUAAUACUUGCGUUCGUUCGGUUGUGUGUUUUGUCCCCCUGGUGCAGUGGUGCUUUAUAUAUACACAAAUUUUUGCCCAGUUAUUAAGAAGUUUUUGCUAAUAGAUUGUUCUUCUUGAUA